UCUUCAUCAUAAUUAAGUAGCAUCUCUCUCUCUCAUCGCCGCCUCACGGCCACACGACUAGUCGAGAGCAACCACAUGGACUAUCGAAGCGACUCUACGGAAACUUUAAGAAACAAAUGUGCAGCAUGCUUCAGACAGUUCAACAGGAUGGAUCACCUGGUGGAGCACAUGAAAAUUUCGCAUCACUCUGGCCAUGAGCCGAUGUGCGGGAUCUGCAAGAAGCACUGCAGAUCUUUCGAGUCUCUUAGGGAGCAUCUUAUUGGGCCAUUGCCAAAACAAGAAUGCAAGAACAUCUUCAGCAUCCUCGGGUGCAGAUUCUGCCUGACCAUACUUGACAACCCUAAUUCUCGUCGAGCGCAUGAAGGAAGAUGUCAAUUCUCCGGCAUUAAUGCUGGACUACUGGCUCGCUUGGCUAACUUGGGGAUCCACGACAAACUGACCAUUGACAACGGUCGAACCAGAGGGCCACAGGUGGUUGCACUGGCUUGCAAGAUGGUUGGAGGUGGCAGUGAUGGGUCCCUAGACCUGUGCGCUAGGGUCUGCAUCAUCGACGAAUAUGAAAACAUCAUCUUCCACACCUAUGUCAAGCCUCCCAUUCCGGUCACCAACUUCAGGUAUGAAACAACCGGAAUAAGGCCAGAGUACUUGAAGGAGGCAAUGCCACUGAAGCAAGUCCAAAAAAGAAUUCAAGAAUUUCUCUGUAAUGGUGAACCGAUGUGGAAGAUUCGUCCCAAAGGCAGUAAAGCCAGGAUUCUUGUGGGACACGGCUUAGACCAUGAUCUUGGCCGUCUGCAACUAGAUUAUCCACCAAUAAUGAUCAGAGAUACUGCACAAUAUCCUCCACUGAUGAAAACAAGCAAGCUGAGCAACUCUCUCAAAUACUUGACACAAGCCUACCUUGGUUAUGACAUUCAGACCGGUAUACAAGACCCUUAUGACGAUUGCGUUGCCACGAUGAGGCUUUACAUGAGAAUGAGAUCUCAAGCUCAUGUCAAAGAGGACAAUCCGCUGGCGGACAAUUUCAUGCUGUAUAGGCAAAGUGAGCUCGAGAGGAUGAGCCCUGAAGAACUUUUUAACAUCUCGAGGUCUGAUUACUACUGUUGGUGUCUAGACUCUUAGAUCAGUAACGGUUGGCGAUUUGAAGCUCAAUUUAUUCGGUCGAGGAGUAUUUCUUCAUGCUAAAGAAGGGAAAUUCUGUAAGCUAAACCAGUAGUGAUAUGCAUAUCAUAAACAAAAAUAAGAAA